AUGACAACUCUCAGUCGCCGCCAUUUGAUCUCGAGAGAUUUAGAAGGGAAAAAGAGCAACAGGGAACUCUUUUUAUGGCCAUUUGAAACGAAGAAAAAGAAGAAGAAGAAGAAAAAGAAGAAAGCAGCGGCAACGAUCGUCGCAGCAACAGUAUUGAAGAAAAAGAAGAAGAAGAAAAAGUCUAAGAAGGGAGGUUUUGGAUUUUUUGGCAGCUCCAGCAGCAGCAGUUCGAAGGGUUCCUUUUGGAGCAAGGGCAGCAAAAGUAGCAAAAGCAAGGGCAGCAAAGGCAGUAAAAGUAGCAAGUCCUGGUCCUGGUUUGAUUCAUCGUCUUCGAGCUUCAGUGGGUCAGGAUCCUACUCCGGAUCGGGUUCUUUUUCUGGAUCUGGAUCUGGAUCUGGAUCUGGAUCUGGAUCAUACCACUUAGAUCCCACAGAGGUUCUGGUAGAGGAUCACACAGAGGCUCGGGUAGAGGAUCGCACAUACGUUCUGGCAGGGGAUCCCACAGAGGCUCGGGUAGAGGAUCCCACAGACGUUCUGGCAGGGGAUCCUACAGAGGCUCUGGUAGAGGAUCUCACAGACGUUCCGGCAGAGCAUCGCACAGAGGUUCCCACCAAAGUUACCAUUCGGGGCGUCAUACCGGCUUUGUCGACAAUACGCAGUCCUAUUAUCGAUCCCAUGGUCAUGGAAAUGCACAUGGGCACGGUGGUGGCGGAGGAGGAUCCUAUGCGGCGUCGGAUAAAUAUCACCACCGAAGCUUUCAGUCGGCCAGCAACCCAUUCUCGGGAGGUUCUCAUCGGCGCCAAUUAA